CAAAUGUCUUUGCUCAGUCAACGUGAACACGAAGAGACAACACAAUCACACAAGAGCGAGAAAAAUAUCAAAUAAACACACAUUUGUGCAUUUUUGCUUCGUAGACUCACGUGGUUUGUCGAAGAGAAGCAUAUUAAGGAGACUUCCGUCUGGGAACAUAUCAGAUCUCCAGCCAUGGCAGAGUGUGAUGCUGAAUGGGAAUUGUGUAAAGAAAAUAUCCAGCCUUUGAAACAAGGCCGGAGUGUAUCAGCCCUGCAGCAGGCUCUGUGUCAGCAGCAGGAGGGAAACCACAUGGCCCUUAACCAGAAGAAGCAAGCGUUUGAGUCUGAGCUGCGGUUGUAUGAUGGAGACGAUCCUCUAGAUGUUUGGGACAGGUACAUCAAAUGGACAAAGCAGACGUAUCCACAAGGUGGAAAGGAGAGUAAUUUGUCCGUGCUUCUUGAAAGAGCAGUUACGCGCUUCACAGCUGACAAGAAAUAUCAUAAUGACGUUCGCUACAUUGAGCUCUGGAUCGAGUUUGCAGAGGGCUGUUCUGACCCCAUGGACGUCUUCCGCUACAUGCAAGCUCAAGGCAUCGGAACCAUGCGAGCCGCGCUUUACAUCGCCUGGUCUGAAGAGUACGAGAAGAGAGGGAACACAAAGAUGGCGGACAGCGUGUUUCAGGACGGCAUCAAGUGUGGAGCAGAACCUGUGGAGAAACUGCAUGCAUUUCACAGAGCUCUGCAGGCUCGUGCGUGCAGACAGAUGAUGUCAUCCAUGACAGAUCCACAGCGAGAUGAUGAAGAUGAUGAUGAUGAUGAGCCUCAGCGAGCAUCACUGGCCGAGCUUAAAGCCAAAGGGAAGAAAAAGGCUGUGGUUCCCAUCAACCGAGUGAAAGCAUCGGUCGGAUAUGCCCGCGGGCUUCAGUUUAAACAGCCGCUGGGGCCCAGACAGAACAGCCGGCUGGUGAUUUUCGAUGAGAAUAAAGCUUCCGAAACUGAGCCGCAGGAGCCCAAAUUUGAGAUCUGGACAGCAACACCUACUGCCAGAGCCAAAGAGAAUGAACAGAAGCCUGAGAAGUGGACCAACGUGAAGAUGCCUCUGAAGUCAAGAUCAGGCCUCAGCGUCGCCGUUCCUCCUCCUAAACCCAGCUUCCAGCCAUUUGUGGAAGAGGACGACCAGCCUCCCGCUGUGACUCCGUGUAAAAUCAACCCGGCGGUGAACUCGGUGCUGUCGGCCAGGAAGCCCUGCAGGCCGGAGCAGACGCCGCUGAAGAUGCUGCAGGAGCGGAUGCAGCUCCAGACGCAGGAGGAUGGGAAGAGUCGAGAGCAGAGCAUGUACUGCAGAGAGCUGCUCUACAGCGGAGCCAGCGAAUUCUGCUUCGAGGAGCUGCGGGCCGAGCGCUACCGACAGAGAAACGCUCACAAACUACAGACCAAACCUGAGGAAACCCAUGCAAACUGAAUCUAGAGCGCAUCUUAGAUGACUGUAAAAGUAGGCAGCUCACUCAUUAUUAGUUGUGUUUAACCAUUCCUGUGUUUUUGUACAUACUUUUUAUUUUGUAUAUACAUACUUUUUGUAACGCCACAUUGUAUUGGGGUGUUUUUUUUUGCAUGUUGCAAGACUAGCUUUUAUGAAAAGGCAUUAUAUUGUCUUUUGUUUGUAUGAAGUAAUUAAUGCUUCAAUAAAUCCAUCUGAUUCCAUA